AUGGCUCUAUCCCUGACCUUAGACUCUCGUGACGAGGCUACGAUCGUCAAGGAGGAUGGACCGGAUGGAUUUUCCGCGGAGACUAUUUUCAAGGCCGCUACGGGCUGCCAAGGCCUAACGUACGAUGACGUCAUCCUCAUGCCCGGCCACAUCUCCUUCUCGGCGGAAGACAUCGACCUAGAAUCCUACGUCACCAAGAACAUCAAGCUCAAGACCCCGUUGGUGUCUUCCCCGAUGGACACUGUCACGGAAGCCGCGAUGGCGAUUCAGAUGGCUCUGCAUGGCGGUCUCGGCGUGAUCCACUACAACAUGCCCAUCGCGGAGCAAGCCGCCAACGUCCGGGAAGUGAAGCGGUACAAGAACGGUUUCAUCAUGGACCCCCUGUGCUUCACGAAGGACCACACGGUUCAAGACGUGCGGGACAUGAAGGCUCAGCAGUCGUUCAGCGGCAUCCCCAUCACGGAGGACGGUAAGAUAGGCUCCAAGCUCUUCGGCAUCGUCACACGACGAGACAUCGACUUCAUCGCGGACCCCUCCGUCAAGCUUUCAGAGGUGAUGACGAAGAAGAUGGUGACGGCGACGGAACCGGUGGGCCUGGAGGAGGCCAACGCUCUCCUCAAGACUAGCAAGAAGGGCAAGCUCCCCGUCAUCAACGCUGAAGGAAACCUCGUGGCGUUGAUAUCGCGCACGGACCUGAUCAAGAACAGAGACUUCCCCCUGGCGACGAAGGAUGACAACAAGCAGCUCCGCUGCGGUGCCGCCAUCGGGACACGCCCGGAGGACCGUAAUCGCUUGGCUGCCCUGGCAGAGGCGGGCGUUGACGUGAUCGUGAUCGACUCCUCGCAAGGAGACUCGAUGUACCAGCACGAGAUGGUGAAGUUCAUCAAGUCUACGUAUCCUGCGAUAGACGUAGUCGGCGGGAACGUGGUCACGGCCAGGCAGGCCGCCAACCUCAUCAAGUCCGGCGUCGAUGCGCUUAGGGUAGGCAUGGGCGUCGGGUCUAUUUGCACCACACAGGAGGUUUGCGCUGUUGGGCGCGCCCAAGCCUCUGCGGUAUACAACACCAGCCGCAUUUCUCGGAAACUGGGGGUGCCGGUGUGGGCGGAUGGAGGAAUCGCGGCGACAGGCCACAUCGUUAAGGCGCUGGCGAUGGGCGCGGGCGUUGUGAUGAUGGGUUCGAUGCUGGCGGGUACGGAGGAGGCCCCCGGGGAGUACUUCUUUCAAGAAGGCGUUCGUCUCAAGAGGUACCGUGGGAUGGGAUCGAUCGAGGCCAUGUCCAAGGGCUCGGAGAAAAGGUACUUCGCCUCUGGAGCCAAGGUUAAGGUAGCCCAAGGGGUGUCCGGGGCCGUGGUGGACAAGGGCUCGCUCAGGAAAUACCUGCCGUACCUCAUUACAGGCCUCAGGCAUGGCAUUCAGGAUGUCGGCAUGCGCUCAACGGCCGAGAUGCACGAGGCCCUAGCCGACGGCACGCUCCGCCUUGAGUUGCGAUCCCCGGCCGCCCAGAGGGAGGGUGGGGUGCACUCCCUGCACUCGUUCGAGAAGCGCAGCAUGUGAUUCCCGUCCCUUGCAUCUCACUUUCAUGGGCAUUGCCAAGCCAAUGAACGGGAGCCGCGGAUGCUCUAAAUAGCAAAUCCCACUCUCGUCAUGACUUUGCGGUUACGGUCCGUUGCAGCCAGUACCCAGAAAAACCGGUUGCGGAAAUUGGGAGACUGUUUUUUUUAUUCCACCGCUUUUGUCGUGUAUGUGGGAUGGGAUGCUUUGUGCUGUGUGUUGAUUGUCCGGUUGCGUCAGGCAUAGAAGGCAAGUUUCGGCAUGAAAACGUAGGGCGGGGAAGUCGAUUUUUCGUCUGGGGAAUCGGAAUGGUGUGUCAAUGUUGUAGGUGUUCGGUGU